AUGUCCAUCUUGCCCUCCCAGAAUCUAGCUUCAACGUCGUCUUCUUCGUCUCAGGUCGCCUCUCAACACCAUAGUUCAGAUCAUGGAUUCGUCUUCCUCCAAUCCCAACCAGAACUCUCUCUUUCCCACCAAACUCAGACCUUUGGAUCUCUUCGAAUCUCCGUCUCCGUCACGACGUCCGACAAUAUCUCAGGAACAAUGGCUCAGGCUACAGAUGAUUCUGUUGGAUCUUCCAAAGAGGUGAAUGAAUCAGGGAGACAAAAUGGCAAGGAAAGUUUGACUCACCCAAACGAUGGUACAAAUUCUCUCUGUGAGGAUGUUGGUCAUGCUGGGGCUGCAUCUGCUCAACACAGAAGGAAAUCGGGCAGGACCAUUGCUCUUCCACGUGGUCAACUGACUGCUGGGUCUACCAGUUAUAAAGGGAGCACUGCACCUGUUGCAGGAAGAAAAAACCAGAUGGUUAAUGGUAACCACUUACUGAACUUUAAUUAUGAUCCUAUUUCUCGUCCACAGCCAAGGGCACCUCCUCCAAGAAGACAGCUGAAGAGAAAGCCUUACAACAAAGAUUUGUUCCUUCAAGCAAAUUACAAAUUUGUUGUUUUAGAUUCAGGAGACUAUGCUCCUGAGUUGAUGGAUCCGGAUAAAAUGUUACAGUGGGAGGAUAUCAUAUGUGUGAAGUAUUCCACUCCAUUUGCUGUACAAUGUCCAAUAUGUCUAGAAUCUCCGCUGUGUCCCCAGAUUACAUCUUGUGGUCAUAUCUUUUGUUUCCCAUGCAUUCUGCGNAGGUAUUCCACUCCAUUUGCUGUACAAUGUCCAAUAUGUCUAGAAUCUCCACUGUGUCCCCAGAUUACAUCUUGUGGUCAUAUCUUUUGUUUCCCAUGCAUUCUGCGGUACUUUCUGAUGGAUAAAGAUAAUCAUAAAGACGAAUGCUGGAAGAAGUGCCCUUUAUGUUUCAUGAUGAUAUCAUCAAAGGAUUUGUACACCAUUUACGUCGAGAAUGUUAGGCAGCACUGUGUGGGUGAUCCUGUAGAGUUUAUGCUUCUAACCCGUCAAAAAGAUUCAUUCACAUUGUCUCUGAAAAAUAACCAAAGGAUAGAUGCAAAUGAGGAAGUCCAUGAUUCGUUUUCCAAGUUCACUUUUACAUCAGAUGUGGACUUGUCAGUUAGGGAAGCAAUGUCAGAUCUUGAUAGUUGGUUAGCCAGAGCAGAUUCAGGGCUUGUUGAUGACCUGGAGAAACUGCCAUAUAUCUGUGUUGCGAUGGAGCACCUGGAACAGAGGAAGAAGUAUUGGAAUGAGCACCAGAUUGCUAGCGGCAAUAAGGCUAGUAAAUAUAGUGAUUGUCAUACAAGUUCUUAUGGAUCUCCACCAACUGCAAAUGCUAUUAAUACUGAUCAUGGAGCAUGUGAGUUUGUAUGGGGAAGUCUAUCUACUAGUGCUGAUGAUAAAUCAAAGUGGUUGGAAAGCCCAGCUCCAGCUAAGAGAGAUGGAGAGCCUUCUUUGGAUCUAACUGCUGAUGUGGUUGAAUCCUUGGAAGACCAAGGUGGAUCUAUAUCGGCUUCAUAUUCUGGUAUGAAGAGUAUGAAGAGACACUCUAAUGGCUCUUGGCAUAGGAAGGACAAAGACUCAUACGACUUCUACCAGGCAGUUGAUGGUCAGCACCUCAUCCUUCAUCCAUUAAAUGUGAAGUGUCUUCUGCAGCACUAUGGGAGCUAUGACAGGCUUCCAUGCAGAAUCAAGGGAAAGAUUUUACAGUUGGAGACGGUGACACAAUCAGAGGCCAUNGAGUCAUCUUUCUUCACCGGUAGCCAGAACCUUGUUACUGUCAACAGAGAGGAAGUUGAGAUCUUAUCUCAAUUCCAGUCCAGUGUUCAGCAAUGCGUAGCGAACAGAGGGCUUGGACUUACUGCAAAAAUUAUUGACCACUGUAAUUUGAUUCUCAAGUUUCCAGAGGGCACUAACAGCACUUGGUAUAAUGAACAGUUUAAAAUCUAUGAAAAGUUGGAGUACAGUUAUGAUGUUUGUGAGGCAAUUUUACUCUGGGAACAGUAUCGUAACAUGACUACAGUAUUGACAAGAGAAUAUCUAGAUACUCGCCCAGAUGGAUGGUUAGACUAUGCUGCAAAAAGGAUUGCACAAUUAGGUGCAGAUAAAUGCUACAAUCGGUCUCUCUGUGAGGAGAACCUUAACUUAAUUUUGCCAGCAAAGCCACCCUUCCACCCCCGCCAGUUUCAGACAUGUGCUGUUGUCGGGAAUUCUGGAGAUCUCUUAAAGACAGAGUUCGGAAAAGAAAUUGAUAGUCACGAUGCAGUUAUACGAGACAAUGAGGCCCCAGUUACUGAGAAAUAUGCAAAGUAUGUUGGUCUGAAGAGGGAUUUCCGCCUAGUCGUAAGAGGUGCUGCACGUAACAUGGUUAAAAUUCUUAGUGGAUCAGCUGAUGAAGUACUUAUUAUCAAGAGCGUGACUCACAGAGACUUCAAUGCAAUGAUAAAGAGUAUUCCAAAUCCUGUUUAUCUCUUCCAAGGUAUCGUACUACGCAGAGGUGCCAAAGGAACUGGAAUGAAAUCUAUAGAACUAGCACUUUCAAUGUGUGACAUUGUGGACAUAUAUGGUUUCACAGUUGAUCCAGGGUAUACUGAAUGGACACGAUAUUUUUCUCCACCAAGGAAAGGGCAUAAUCCGCUGCAAGGAAGGGCAUACUACCAACUCCUGGAAUGCCUCGGUGUUAUUAGGAUCCAUUCUCCCAUGAGAGCAGAAAGGAAGCAAGACUGGUCAGAUGUGCCAAGCCGAGAAAUGAUAAGAAGAGCUCAUGCAGCUGCCCUGCACUUGAAGAGGAGUCAAGCUGGCCAAGAUGGUCGGUUGGGACAAUUUGGAAGCUGUAAAAUUUGGGGCAAUGUGGGUCCCCACAGCAGUGGGCCUAUCUCUGGAUCUCCAGACAUGAGUGGUAUCAGGAAGUACUCAAAUUACAGCAAAUGGGAAGUCAUGCCUUUUGUUAGCUUAAGAAAGGAGGCACAGGAUCAUUAUGUUCAGAUGGAAGGUGUUUCUCUGUACAAAAUGGAUGGCAAUAAAUUGGAUGAUCUGGUAUGCAUGAGACAUUCCUCAAAAUCCGAGGUGUAA